AUGCUUCCUGGACACUAUGGUGCAAUCAAUGCUCUCAACUUCCACAGAGAUCGGAUUCUGGUCUCUGUUGGAGCGGACUGCUAUGUUCACCAAUACUGCAUGCAGACCGACACGUUGUUGGCGCGCCAUUUGUCUUCCCCGCCGCCGGAACCUGCCGUGGUGCUGGGUGCGACAGCAUGCCAGACCAUGCCUUUGGCGGUGACACUGGACUCGGAAGGAAGUCUUCGCCUUUGGGACCUCAAGCGUGGCUGCAAGAUUGCGAGAAUGUCAUGCGAGGGUCCAAUCGAUGAUCCGAAGCAGAAGGCCGACACUGAGGAGGAUCCCGAAGCCACUGUGAAGCCUGUGAUCAAGUUGGAGCAGGAUGAGACUCCCAAGCUGUUGCUCUCUACUGCCACAGCUUUUUGUGCCAUUUGCAUGUCUAUGGGAGCUAAUGAGGAACAUGUGGAGGUGGAAGGGGGAGCGGAAGAUGAAGGGGCUGAGGCUCCAGAGGCUGAUGCAGAAGGAGCACACAGCCCUGCUGAAGCUCAGGACCGAUCUUGGCUUGUUUUCUUCGAUCAAGUCCAAGUGCUGAAGAAGCUCUUUCCAAGUUUACCAAAGGGGGACGUGGCAAAGAGCUUUGAAGCUUUGUCCAAAGAAGAACUGGCGAAGCUGCAGCCGCAGGGCGUACCCUCAACCAUGGAGAAGGCCACGUUGCUCAGCAAGAAGAAACCUCCUGAAGACCCCGCAGCUCGUGCCCGGAGUCCUCCCAGCAAACCCACCAAGACGAGGUUGAUGAGCCGAUCACGCAGCAAGCUAGACACCUCGAACAUCAUGAUCAUGAAGCUGACGGCCGAAAACCUCCGAAAGUUUGCUGCGGCUCAAGCUGCACAGCAAGAAGCGGCAGGAGGAGCAAAGAAGGUCGCCUCCUCCUUUGGCUCAGCUGGAUUUGCAAGGUCAGCGACACUCAAUACGGCUGACCGGCAGAAAGCUGAAGAGGCCAUUCUGCCUCAUGGUGUUCCGAAGAAUUGGCAGGUCAGUGUGAGGAAGCACUUGAAAAAAGCCUUGACUGGCAAGGACACUCGCCAGUCCCGGAUCCAGAAGCGCAUCGAUCAACUCAAGAAGGAGGUUGGUGGGGAAUGA